CCCGCUCCAUCUCUCAUCUCCAGACCCAGACGCUGCCCCCUUUAGCCCCUGGCUUCUUUAGCCCCUGGCCCGUUUAGCCCCUGUCUUCUUUAGCCCCUGUCUUCCUUAUUCUCUGGCCCGUUUAGCCCCUGUCUUCCUUAGCCCCUGGCCCGUUUAGCCCCUGUCUUCUUUAGCCCCUGUCUUCCUUAUUCUCUGGCCCGUUUAGCCCCUGUCUUCCUUAGCCUCUGGCCCGUUUAGCCCCUGUCUUCUUUAGCCCCUGGCCCGUUUAGUCCCUGUCUUUCUUAGCCCCUAGCCUGUUUAGCCCCUGUCUUUCUUAGCCCCUGACCCGUUUAGCCCCUGUCUUCCUUAGUCCCUGACCUGUUUAGCCCCUGUCUUCUUUAGCCCCUGGCCUGUUUAGCCCCUGUCUUCCUUAACCCCCGUCUUCUUUAGCCCCUGUCUUUCUUAGCCCUUGUCCCGUUUAGCCCUGUCUUCUUUAACCCCUGGCCUGUUUAGCCCCUGUCCCAUUUAACCCCUGUCUUCUUUAGCCCCUGGCCCAUAUAGCCCCUGUCUUCCUUAGCUCCUGUUCCGUUUAGCCCCCACCUUCAUUAGACUCAGUCCCUUUAGCCUCCUUCUCUUUUAACUCCUGGCUCCUUUAGCCCCCUUCUCCUCUAGCCCCUCUCCUCUCUAGCCCCUGGCUCCGAUAGCCCCUGUCUUCUUUAGCCCCCCCCAUCAUCUUCAGUCCCUAUCUUCUUUCCCCUGUCUUCUUUAUUAUGAGCACCUGACUUGAGGGUAACCUUAUACCACCAUGGCCUUCCCCAGCAGGAGGAGACCAGGCCGGGGUCCCAGCUCCCUGCCUGGUCUGAUGGAUCUUUCCCCGAGCCGACCGUGGUGAUCGACCAUGGCGCAGAGCUCCCGAGCCGGCCCUGAGGGUGGACGGCUCGAGUACCUGCAGGCCCUGGUCACCGAGUUCCAGGAGACCGAGAGUGAAGAAGCCAAGGAGCAGGUCUUAGCCAACUUGGCCAACUUCGCCUACGACCCAAAUAACUACCAGCACCUGCGGCAGCUGCAGGUCCUGGACCUGUUCCUCGACACCCUGAGCGAGGACAGCGAUACCCUGGUGGAGUUUGCCAUCGGUGGUCUCUGCAACCUCUGCCCUGACCCAGCCAACAGGGAGCACGUCCUGCAGGCCGGAGGCGUCCAGCAGAUCAUCGGCUGCCUGUCCAGCCCGAACGAGGAGACGGUGAUUUCGGCGGUGACGACCCUCAUGUACCUGAGCGGGCCGUGGGCCCGACGGGCGGGCCGGGAGCCGACGGCGGCGGCGGCCCCGGUGGUGGAGUGCAUGCUCCGCUUCUCCCUCUCCGCCAACCGGCGGCUCAGCAACCUGGCUGUCAUCUUCCUCGAGGACUACUGCUCCCCGGAGCAGGUGGAGGAAGCCCGCGGACUGAGCGGACACACUGCCCUGGGCAUCCCGCUGCCCCAAGACUGACGAGGGGGCCGGGGUACGGCCCCGCGGCCUUUGGAGUCAGGGCCCGAAUCCCCACGGAGGCCCGAACCCCCACGGAUUUGCAGAGUGACAGUGGGAAUAAAUGGAGUCAGUCGCUGAGACGGUGA